CGAUAUUUGAAGUAUCGUUAAAAGGUGCAACAAGUGCCAACAAUCCGUUAUAAAUAAACAAGGCAGAGUUUUGACAAAAGUUUUCGCUAAUAAACAAAUAUGUCGUCGUUGCUAAGACAACUCACUAACACAAGCAGACUGCCAGCCAGACUAAGUGUCAUGCAGCCUCAUCGCAACAAUACUAGUGGCCACAGACAACCUGCGGCCAAUGCAACUGGACAUUUCAAAAGUCUGGCCAUUAGUUCGCCCAAACCUUUCGUUUUCCAUGUCGAACUGAAUCGACCCAAGAAGCUCAAUGCUAUCAGCAGGGAAAUGUGGAUUGAGAUCAAAGACUGCUUCGAAGCGCUGGCCAUCAAUCCCGAUUGUCGCGCCAUUGUACUGUCUGCUGCUGGCAAGCAUUUCUGUGCGGGCAUCGAUCUGUCGUCCAUGAUGAGCAUGGGCGAACAGAUGGGCGAGUAUGAUGAUGUCGCACGCAAGGGCGUUAUUCUCGAGCGUACCAUCAAACUGUAUCAGGAUUCAAUAAGCUCCGUCGAACGUUGCCCCAAGCCUGUGAUCAUGGCGGUGCAUCAGGCGUGCAUUGGCGCUGGCGUUGAUCUGAUUACUGCCGCCGACAUACGCUACAGCACUCAGGAUGCAUUCUUUCAGGUGAAGGAGGUGGACAUUGGCAUGGCCGCCGAUGUCGGUUCGCUGCAGCGUCUGCCAAAAGCGAUUGGCAGCCAGUCCCUGGCACGCGAACUCUGCUUUACCGGACGCCGUUUCGAGGCGGCCGAGGCGGAGCGCAGCGGCCUGGUCAGUCGAACCUUUGUCGACAAGGACGCCCUGCUCGCUGGUGCUCUGGCUCUGGCCGAAGAUAUUGCCGGCAAGAGUCCCAUUGCCAUCCAGACAACCAAGGAGAGCAUGGUCUACUCCCUCGAGCACACCAAUCAAGAAGGACUCGAUCACAUUCGUAUUAUCAACAAGCUGCAUUUGCAGUCGGAGGACUUUGCCCAAGCGGUUGCCGCUCAGCUGACCAAGGAUGAGAAGCCCGUGUUUGCCAAACUUUAAGAGAUUAAUUCGGUUUCAGUUGUGUAAACUUGAACGAAUCAAAUGUAAUUUCAUUUUAUUUGCAUUUCAUAUCCACAUUAUAUAUCAAACAUCUAACUAGA